UUGAGUUUAUAUGAAAUUGUAAGUGGAUAAGUAGUAAUUAAUCAAUUCUUCUCUGUACUAGUUUUUUUUUGGGUAAUCUUGGUAUUUAAUGUUGUUUUAUAUAAUUAGAAGAUUUUAGCGGGAUUAAUGUGUAUUAAUAUAGCUAUGAAGUAAUUUUUGGCAUUUCAUUCUCCUGGGGUAUUUUUUAACUUGUAAUCUUGUAACUUUAGCACUGCAGUGAAAUGCUGUUUCAGUUUCUGCAUGUACUAAAUUUACCCAGUUUUUGCUGUCCAUGUCAGAACAGAUUGCUUUAAACGAAAUUAGAUUCUUUCCAUGGGGAUAGAUCUUGAGCAGCCUUCAGGAGAAUGCCAUAAGGAAGAUAAUAGACCUAGUGUGAAUAAUAUAGUUGAUGGCAGAGGUGAAGAGAAUCAUAGAGCUAUCGUCAGUGUAACUAAUGGUCCUGUAAAUGAUAAAGAGAAUGCAGGACAGAAUGUCAAUGGAAGAGUGUCAGAUACUAGAAACAAGACAGUUACUAGAGAUGAAAUUAAUUUGAAUUCUUCAAGAGAUUCUGAACCUCAUGAUGGAAUGGAGUUUGAAUCAAAGGAAGAAGCAUUUUCGUUCUAUAGAGAAUAUGCCAAGUCUGUGGGGUUUGCUGCUGUAAUAAAGGCCAGUCGUCGAUCGAGAGUAUCUGGAAAGUUUAUAGAUGCAAAAUUUGCAUGCACUAGAUAUGGGAGCAAACGAGAAUCUAGCACAGCUGAAGUACCAGAGUCUGUUUCAAACUCCAGAGAAUCUAGUAUCUGCAGCUCUGUUAAGAGAAAACGUGGUCGUGCUAGCCGAUCUUGGGAAAAAACAGAUUGUAAAGCCUGCAUGCAUGUUAAGAGGCAAGAUGGUAGAUGGAUUAUUCGUAGUUUCAUUAAAGAGCAUAAUCAUGAAAUUUUUCCUGAUCAAGCCUAUUAUUUUCGGGGCCACAGGAAUUUAGAUUUAGGUACUGGUGAUGCUGAUGGCUUACAUGCUAUCCGGAGAAGAACAAAGAAGAUGUAUGUUAAUAUGGCCAGACAGUCUGGUGGCUACAAGCAGUCAGAUAAUCAAAAAAGUGGUGGGACCAAUCAAUCACUGAGUGGAAAGCAUUUAUCUCUAGAGGAAGGUGAUGCUCAAGUUAUGCUUGACCAUUUUCUGUAUAUGCAAGAUGAAAAUCCUAACUUCUUUUAUGCAAUCGAUCUGAAUGAAGAGCAGCGUUUGAGAAAUGUUUUCUGGGUUGAUGCCAAAGGUAAACUUGAUUAUGGAAAUUUUUGCGAUGUAGUAUUUCUUGAUACCACGUAUAUCAAGAAUGAAUAUAAAUUGCCAUUUGUUCCCUUUAUUGGUGUGAACCACCAUUUUCAGUUCAUUUUGCUUGGAUGUGCUUUACUUGCAAAUGAGAGUAAAUCAACCUAUGUCUGGCUGAUGCGGGCAUGGCUAAAAGCAAUGGGUGGACUUGCUCCAAAAAUAAUACUCAGUGACCAGGACAAAGUCUUGAAAGAAGCUAUUGCAGAGGUCCUUCCUGAUUCUCGUCAUUGUUUAUGUUUGUGGCACAUAUUGGGCAAGAUUCCUGAGAAGCUUGGUUAUGUGAUUAGGCAGCAUGAUAAAUUUAUGGUUAAAUUUAACAAAUGCAUUUUCAAGUCUUGGACCAAUGAACAGUUUGAAAAAAGAUGGUGGAAAAUGGUUGAGAGAUUCAAUUUAAGAGAUGAUGUAUGGUUCCAAUCUUUGUAUGAAGAUCGUGAACAAUGGAUACCAACAUAUAUGAGAGGCAUUUUCCUGGCAGGGAUGUCUACAACCCAGAGAUCAGAAAGUAUAAAUUCUUUCUUUGACAAAUACAUGCAGAGGAAAACUACAUUGAAAGAGUUUUUAGAACAAUACAAAACAAUCCUUCGAGAGAAGUAUGAAGAGGAAGUAAAAGCUGAUUUUGAAACAUGGCAUAAACAACCAGCAUUGAGGUCUCCAUCACCUUUUGGUAAACAAAUGGCAACUAUGUAUACUCAUGCAAUAUUUAAGAAAUUCCAAGUUGAAGUUUUGGGAGUAGUUGCUUGUCACCCAAAGAAAGAAACUGAAGACGGAGCAAUCAAAACUUUCAGAGUUCAAGAUUUUGAAGAGGAUCAAGAUUUCGUUGUGGCAUGGAACGAAAUGACAUCAGAUAUAUCCUGUUUCUGCCAUUCGUUCGAGUUCAAUGGUUUUCUUUGUAGACAUGUGAUGAUUGUACUGCAAAUGUCUGGUGUACACAGUAUUCCAUCUCAGUAUAUAUUAAAGCGUUGGACAAAAGAUGCAAAGAAUAGGCAAACACUGAGAGAAGGGUCUGCUUCUGUUGUCUGUAGAGUAAAACGUUACAAUGAUCUAUGCGAACGAGCCUUUAAAUUGAGUGAUGAAGGUUCUUUAUCCCAAGAAAGUUACAAUAUUGCAUUUAAUGCAUUGGAAGAAGCUCUGAGAAGUUGUGAGAGUACAAAUAACUCAAUCCAGAGUGUAAUAGAACCAAUCUCAGGAGAGACUCAUGGCUCUGAAGGAGUAAACCAAGGUAACAGCAAAAACAAGACAAACAAAAGAAAUGGUGCAUCCAAGAAAGGACAGGUACAGUCAGAGCCAGAGGUCAUAACCAUUGGGGUGCAGGAAAGCUGGCAUCAAGUGGAACAACUUGUCUCAAGAGCUCCAACCCUUGAUGGUUAUUUUGGCAGUCAACAAAUUGUUCAAGGAACUGGGCAGCCAAGCACCAUAGCCUCAAGCCGUGAUCAUUAUUAUAGCAAUCAGCAUAUGCAAGGGCUGGGGCAACUAAACUCGAUAGCUCCCAUCCAUGAUGCUCAUUAUAUAACUCAGCAAAGACUGCACGGGGUGGGGCAGUUGCAUUUCAGACCCCAAUCUAUUCCGAGUUGUUUUGACAUUCCGGAUGGUUUGCAAGAUACCGACCAGUCUACUGUGGGACCCACACAGCUGCACGGCUUGGCAUCAAGACAUUUGCAUUCGAAAGACCUGUCUCGUCAAUAGCAAUGCAGUUCCAAAAGUGGAGAGUCUGGAGAUGAAAUAUAUAUAUACACACAUCAACAGGAGAAUUCAAAUAGAAGGAAUCCGUGCCCUUUUUAGUUUGGUGAAUAGGGAGAUAUACACAGAUCUUGAUCAUAAAGACGGAAUAUAUUUGGUACUUGUCCCAGGAUCCCGAGCUACUUCAGAAGUCCAAGAAUUAAUAUAAUCCGGUUCUCUUUUUAGUCUACACCUAAUUUGUAACGGGGCUUGGCUCGUUUGUGUCAAAUACACAAAAUUUUAGUUGAUUCAAAUUGCAAGUUCUACUAAUUAGCAAGUAAAUAGGUAUCUCAUUCUUAUCA